UGAUAUUUCCAGACAGUAGUCUUUGGGAUAAGAAAUCCUUGACCACGUGGUUCUCUAAUUUGUCCUCAUAAUGAUCACCGUUCAGUUUUCAGGUGUUUUGCUGGUCGUUGCCUUCUACUUCGGAGCCACCGGGGCCAGAGCCAAUUAUGGAUAUGGAUAUGGAUCCUCUGGAUACGGAUCUUCUUCUACCAGUAAAAGCAGUAACCAGUGUUGGAACUAUGAAUCAUGUCAAGUCAACACCUGUCCAUGGACCAGAAGACGGUAUUAUGCAGUAUUUGUAUCCCCGGUGACAGUGAAUAACUUCUGGGGCAAUGGUAACUCUUGCGGCGUUUUCAAUCAAUGCACAGAUACUGGUUGUGGCUGUGUUGGUGUAGAUGUUUACAGUGUCAACGACAAAUACAUAGAGGGAUCCUUUUUCUCUUAUGACAAAUCGAAAACAAUCCAGUACAUGCGCAGUUUCAGUGGUACCAUUUCAGGAAAAUCUGGUUAUUCAGAUGUUGUCUUUACAUUCAGUCAAGAGGUAACAUGGACCGUUCCCGCCCACACUGUGAAGAAAUGCGAAGAAAAAUCAGUUUCGACUUACGUAGUACCUGCCCAAAGUGUCCAAAAGAAAGCAGUUAAUGUUCAGGUGAAAGCUAUUCACAUUGCUGUUGCUGACAAGUACAGGAUUUUAGUUUUCUGCGGUGACUUGAAAGGAAUCAAUGGUAACAAGCCAUUUGCAGUUGUUUUAACGACCAUGCCAAUGCCUGGGCAAGCCACGUGGAAAUUGAUUAAUGCAGAUUUGCGGAAAUAUAAGUUUGAACCUCGCAGCAUGGUGUUCAUAUCCCAGAGCAAGUGCGUCUAUCCACCAUUCGAAUGGUGCGCAAAGCAAUCUCCAUCAAGUUCGGGAUACGGUUACGGUUACUCUUAUUAUAAGUAAAAAAAAAACUUGCAAUUAUUUUUUUCAAUUUUUAUUCCCGGAAAAAAAUGUUGUUUUUGGAGCUUCUUAUAUUAUGAUAAUAAAUUACUCAUAACGUGAA